GUCAAAGUACGGUGUUCACUCGCCCGCAGCACUAUCAAUCCGAAGAGAUCACUCCCAAGGCAACGACGACCGGCAAAAGUCCGUGCGAGCGCCGGAUCUGACGCUUCUAUUGUCGACGCUCACUGUCCAGCGGUCACUUGUGCCUUCCGCACCACAUUUCCUUCGCGUCGGAGUCUCCCUCGGACUUUUCAUCUAUCGUACAACUCAUACAUGGAGAACAAUCCUUCAGACCUAGACGCUCCAACCAUGGAGGGUGAAUCAUUGCUUUCGGACGUCUCUAUCACGAAUGUUCUUACCUCAAGUCUGGACACUCCCUCAAAGGAAGACGAUCAUCCUGUUCCAGACACUCCCACGAUCCAUGACCGCGUUCCCAGUACGGACGCUCCCAUGAUGGCAGGCGCACAGCAGCCAUUCCGCUUCCUCGAUCUACCGAAAGAACUACGCAUGAUGGUUUACGAGGAGCUCAUGGACAACGACAAGAAUCGAGUCACAUUCACUUCACCCAAGGGACUCGAAGUUGAAGACGUUUACAUCGAUGAGAUGCACUACCCAAGAUUGCUCGAGAUCAACAAGCUGAUCCGAGAAGAAUACUGGCCUCUGUGUCUCCGCACAGCCACUCUAUGGAUCAUUUACGGGUUUCCCGAAUUCACGCGUUCUGGACCCGAGGAAGACAUGGAUGAAGAAGACGAGCCAACUCUACCCCCCCUGUCAGAGUGGUUGAAACUCUCGAAAGUAGUCUUGGCCAAAAUGCCUUAUGUCGUCUUCAAGUUCGGAGCGAGGUUCAAGCUGCCAAAAUUCAACCCGUUCUCUGGUAUCGCUGACUGCACAUCGGAACUCCUCAGCCUCAAGCGGAUGGGCAUAUGGUCCGAGAUUGACAUGACUAUUGUUGACCGUGGUCCUGACCAAGAGCGAGACAUGUGGUUCCAGAUUUUUGUGGAAAACAUCUUCCAGGAGGAAUUUGCUUUGCUCGACAUCCAGGAGGAACAAGACCGUGUGUUCGACACUCGUGCCGACUGCAGCAUGUACACCACACUUUUCGAGAUGAACAAGAAGUUCCACUGGCCUCGUCGCAGACAUCUCAUACAAGGAGUUGCACCCUUGGCUGGCCUUCCGGAAUGGGGCUACUCGAUGUUCACGGUACUCCCCGAAUGGCGUCGUCCGACGGAAGGUUCUUUUAUGUACCAUGGUGAGGAGGUGGUAUUUGAUCAUGUAGAACACGGACUGCCUGUGCAAGACAGAGCCGAGGACUGCGACAGCCCCAGCGAGUUCGACUAUGAGUAUGAUGAGGCCGGUUGGGCUACUGGCUCACCAGGCUGGGACUAGAGAAUUGACCAGCGUAUUUGGGGAGCUUCUGCUUGCAGUCGGGUCCAGCAGGACAUAGCUUUGAGAGAUGACCAAAUAUAACGAUACCCAUCUUCCUCUCCUCUGAGUGGAUCAAUAUCUUUAGAGAUGCUGUCGCAAAGCUCUUCUGUAUCUCGUCCCGCUAUGUGCCUUAGUUCAGUCUUCCCCUGGUUGGUAAGACAUCCCUAAUGCAUGGCUCGCCCCGCACACGCGACACAAAA